AUGGCCUCUCAGCACUCUCUUGCCUGCUGCACCAUCCCGCCCGUCGUCUCCGAGGGCUACGAGCCCAAGGGCGAGUACAUCACCAUUGAUGGCCUGAAGACUUACCGCACCGGUCCUGCCGAUGCUAAGCACGCCAUCCUGAUCGUUUUCGACAUCUUCGGCUUCUUCCCCCAGACCCUCCAGGGCGCUGAUAUCCUCGCCACCUCCGACAAGGACCGCAAGUACCAGGUCUUCAUCCCCGACUUCUUCGAGGGCAACCCCGCCGAUAUCUCCUGGUAUCCCCCGGACAACGAGGAGAAGGGCAAGAAGCUUGGCGCGUUCUUCGCGGGCCCUGCCGCUCCGGCCAAGACCGUUUCACGCAUCCCCAAGGUCGUCGAUGAGAUCAACAGCAAGAACAGCGGUAUCUCCAGUUGGGGCAUCCUUGGCUUCUGCUGGGGUGGAAAGGUCACGAACCUUUCCUCUACCGAGGGGACAAAGUUCAAGGCUGCCGUCUCUGCGCAUCCCGCCAUGGUCGAUCCUGCCGACGCCCCCAAGGUCACUAUUCCAUACCUCAUGCUGCCAUCCAAGGAUGAAGACAAGGAGGCGGUGAAGGCCUGGCAGCAAGGUCUGAAGGUCAAGAACCACGUCGAGCUAUUCGACGACCAGAUCCAUGGCUUUAUGGCUGCCCGUUCCAACUUGAGCGAUGCUCGCGUCAAGGAAGAAUACACCCGCGGCUAUAAGACUGUCCUCUCUUGGUUCCACGAGAACUUGAAUGGUCUACCUUCAAAGAUAUGA